GACUGAAGACGGGUAUUCCUUAUCUAUAGCUAGUGGCUACUGGCUAUACAACAAUAUAAACAUAAUGUCAACAAUAAAUGUAUUUUUAAAUUACCUAUAACUAUUUUUACUUUAUAGUUUGUAUAACCAUUGUCAUUUGUCUAUUUAUUGUUACCUACCUACUUGUUUAUUGUAAAUUUCCAUCAAUGGAAUCCCAAUGUUGUGUGUUGGGCUGUACUGAUAGCAAGGAUGAAAAGAUAAAGCUUCACAGGUUUCCUUUUGGUGAUCACUUAUUGUUGCCCAUUUGGAUUAUGGCCACAAACCGUACGAACUGGAUGCCUAAUGCCAACAGUAGGAUGUGUGACAAACAUUUCACUAUCGACGACUACGUGUCGGGCAACAGGAAUAAUCGACUCAAACCAAACGCUUGUCCUAUAAUUACACCAUCAACCUCUACUGUGUAUUCAAAUACAUUACACGUUGAUGAUUCUGCUAGCGACAACCAUUUUUCAGACGGCAAAUCAUAUGACUCGUCCGAUUGCGAUUCGCCAAAUACUAGUGACCUAAUUAUUUCAGACGAUUCAAGUUUAUUUAGUGAUAGUAGUAUGGAUGUAUGUUCUGUAUUAGGAGAUAGUAAUGACGUGGAACACUCGGAUGAUGAAAAAAAAAAUACCAUAAAACCCGAGCAGGAAGAAGAUGCCAUAUCUAUAUCUUCUUAUAUUACUAAUUAUGAUGAUACUGAUCGUAUUCCAGUUCAAAAAUGUGCUGUUACUUUGUGUAACCAAAAAGCAAGGAAUCAAUUUGACAAACUGUUUUACAUUAACUUUCCGGUAGAAAAUGAAACACUUAGUGAUUCUUGGUGGACUUUGUGUGGUCAGCAAACAGAUUUUGAUCGUACUGCCAAAAUUUGCUCGAUUCAUUUUGAUGCAGCUGAUUUUGUUAAUAAAACUAUACAAAAAGAUGGACAAAUUUAUAGGCAAACUAGUCUAAAAAACGAUUCUGUAGUACCAAGUUUGUAUUUGUCGGCAGAAGACUAUUACCGAUUUUCUAAAAAACGGAAACGUAAGGCUGACAAAAUUGAUGAAUCAAAUGUAAAGAAAAUGUCCAUUGAAAACUACAAGUGUCCAGUAACAAAUUGUACAAAAACAUCUUUAGAUGAAAAUAUUAAUUUUUUUACAUUCCCUACGGGUGACCAAUUAAAACUUAAAUUUUGGCUGAAGAGUCUUAAAAUGCCUGGUUGGAAACCACUCGAUACCGAUCGUAUUUGUUCGGACCAUUUUGAAAGUGACCAAAUAAUAAAAACGCACAAUGUGUAUCAGUUGACUUCAAAUGCGAAACCAGUGUUUAAGCCAAAAAAACCCUUUGUUAUGCCUACAAUUAAAAACAAUAAUACUACAAAUAAAAAAAAAUCUGACAAGAGGGUAAUCAAACAGCCUGGUAUUAAAGUGUCGUACCAAAGAAUUUCACCAGACUGUAUAGUGGUAAAUGAAGUAGAUCUUACACAGGACGGGUGUGAAGUAAACUCCAAUAAAUGUACAACUUCAUCAGCACAUGCAGAUAAAUUGGAAAAAAACGAAACAUUAAAAGAAGAUAAGGACCAAACUGGGAGUGAAAAUAAAACCAGCAUUUUAUUAGAAAUCAUACGAGAUUUAGCGCCAGAGAAAUAUACAAAAGAAGAUACUUGUGUCAAUGAUGAAACACAAGAACUAGUACCAGAGAUAAGUGUUACAGAAGAUAAAGAAGAGUUGAGCAGUAGAAAUAUAAACUACUUAGAAUAUAUUUACACGGAUACUCCCUUAGUAUUAAUCCAAGAAUGUGUAGUGGACGAUACUGUUGAUAAUGAAACACAAGAGCUAGUGUUGGAGAAAUGCACUGAAGAGACUACUGUAAAUUGUAAAUCGCAAGAGUUAGCGUCAGACAAAUAUGUAGAAGAUAUUACCGGCAACGAUGAAACACAAGUGUUAAUGCUGGAAAAAGGCGCUUUAGAAGAUACGGAAAAGACCGAGUAUAGUAAAAGCAAUAACCAGUUUGAGUAUAUUCAUACAGAUACACCUUUAGAGUUCAUACAAGAAUGUGUAGUAGAGACUUCUAUCGAUGAUGAAACAGAAGUAUUUGUAGCAGGAAAAUGUAUUAUACAAGACAAAGAAGAGAAUGAGUUGGUCAAUAAUGAAAGCCAUUUAGGGUAUGUUCACACAAAUACACCUUUAAAGUUUGUACAAGAAUGUGAAGUAGAAACUGCUGUAAAUAAGAAAACACCAUUGCUAUUACCAGAAAAACAUACAGACAAGACUACUACUGAAAAUACUGAAAAAGAAGCGAAAGUAUCUGAAAAUUGUACAACAGAUACUUUAAUAAAUGCAGAAACACAAGAAGUAGUACUUGAAAACAGUAAUAUACAAGGCAAUAAAGGUAUAAUUAUUAAAGAGAUGUCAAAUUAUAAUUUUAAAAAUACUGUAACAGAUAAUAAAAACAAUCAAGAUAAUGUUAACUUGUGCGCGUCAAAUGAUAAAAACACUGAAAAGAUGACAAUUACACAUAGUAAGAAAAAGUUAAGGAAUACAAAAUCGAGGUUACAAGGAAAAAAAGGCAAAAAUGACAAAGAAGAGAAUGAGUUGGUCAAUAAUAAAAGCCAUUUAGAGUAUGUUCACACAAAUACACCUUUAAAGUUUAUACAAGAAUGUGAAGUAGAAACUAUUGUAAAUAAGAAAACACCAUUGCUAUUACCAGAAAAACAUACAGAUGAGACUACUACUGAAAAUACUGAAAGUCAAGUGAUAGUAUCUGAAAAAUGUACAAUAGAUACUUCAAAUAAUUCAGAAAUACAGGAUGUAGUACUUGAAAACAGUAUUAUACAAGAAAAUACUGUAAAAGAUAAUAAAAUCAAUCAAGAUAAUGUUAACUUGCCCGUGUCAAAUGAUAAAAACACUGAACAGUCUCCAGUUACACAUAAUAAGAAAAGGUUAAGGAGUACAAAGUCGAGGUUACCAGAAAACCAUACAGAUGAGACUACUACUACUGAAAAUACGGAAAAUCAAGAAAUAGUACAUGAAAACAGUCUUACACAAGAAAAUAAAUGUACUGUAGAAGUUGACAAAAACAAUAGAGAUAAUGUUAAUUUGUAUUCACCAAAUGAUAAAAACAAUGAACUGCUGCCAAUUACACGUAGUAAGAAAAGGUUAAGGAAUACAAAAUCGAGGUUACAAGGGAAAAAAGGCAAAAAUGACAAAGAAGAGAAUGAGUUGGUCAAUAAUAAAAGCCAUUUAGAGUAUGUUCACACAGAUACACCUUUAAAGUUUAUACAAGAAUGUGAAGUAGAAACUAUUGUAAAUAAGAAAACACCAUUGCUAUUACCAGAAAAACAUACAGACGAGACUACUACUGAAAAUACUGAAAGUCAAGUGAAAGUAUCUGAAAAAUGUACAACAGAGACUUCAUUAAAUGCAGAAACACAAGAAGUAGUACUUGAAAACAGUUUUAUACAAGAAAAUACCGUAAAAGAUAAUAAAAACAACCAAGAUAACGUUAAUUUGUGCACGUCAAAUGAUAAAAACACUGAACAGCUGCCAAUUACACGUAAUAAGAAAAGUUUAAGGAAUACAAAAUCAAAGUCACUAGGGAAAAGAGUCAAAAGCGGAAUACCCGAAUGUACACAUUUAGUUCAUGACCAGGAGUUGCCUGAUUUCAUGAAAGAAUCGUUGUUGUUGUUAGACAAGGACUACGAUUUAUAUGUUUCCGACUCUGAGCCUUGCGCUUCUAUAGAUGGAGUUCCCGAAGACGAGUAUGCAAAUGCGAUUACUUACAUAAAAACUAUUCCCAGAGUGCUGAGUUCAUACGAUGUACCCAACAAAAGCCGAAAGCAAUUUUUCGUAACCACCAUCAGCGUAGACUACAUAUACAAAGGAUAUUCAGAGGAAUACUCAAAAAAUGGAAAAUCGCCUCCAUACACUAAACAGCAAUUUGUACAAAUUUACAAUCAGUAUACGAAAUCGUUUGUACACAACGUGUAAUUUUAAUUAAUGCCUAAUUUUUUUUAAAAUGUAUAACCUAUUAUUUUUGAUUUUUAAAAAAAAAACGUAACCAAUUUAUAUUUUUGCUUCGUUUGUUAUGGACUUCUUUUUAUUUUUAAUGUAUAACUUGUUUUUGAUAUUUGAAAAAAAAUGUUCUCAUGUAUAUUUAAGCUUGAUUUGUUAUGUAUUUUUUUAUGUAUAAUUUUUAUUUUUAUUUUUGAAGAAAUAUACUUUGUAAUUAAUAAUUAUUUACGUAACUACUAUUAUAAUUACUUUUGUUUUGUUGCCAGAUCUCAACAUUAUUUUGUACAGCUUAACAAUUUAAAUACAAGUAUGUAGAUGAUUGUAUCGUA